AUGGCUACAUUUAUGAUACAUUUCUCGUCGAUCUUCCAGCAUAGUUGCAGUUCUCUAGAUAUGGAGGCGAUUGUGCUGGACAACGGCUCGGGCUGCUUCAAGGUGGGCUUUUCGGGCGAAGAUACGCCACGUACGACCUUCACGACAUGCACAGGACGAGUGAAGAACCCCGAGUGGUUUGCCAGCCAGGCGCCGAACUGGAAGGCCGAGCUCCGCGACCGCGAGAUGUUCGUGGGAACUGAGUGCCAACUGUAUCGAGACUUCCUCGAGUUAUCUAACCCGAUCAACCGCGGCAUCGUGGAGGACUGGGACGCACUGGAGCGCAUGUGGGAGUUCGUCUUCUCGCAGGAGUUGCGGGUGGACCCGGAGACUGCAGCACUGCCGGUGCUGUGCAUCAGUUCGCCGUCGGGCCCGAAGAAACAACAGGAACGCAUGGCACAGCUAAUGUUUGAGUCCCAGAAGGUCUGCGGCUUUUACUUCAUGCAGCAGUGCGUUUUGUCACUCUUCGCGUCUGGACGCACCCGAGGACUCGUGGUGGAGGUGGGUCAUGGAUCGAGCCACGCCAUCCCCAUCUUCGAGGGCUACGCACUGCCUCACGCUGCACUGCACUACAAUGCUGGGGGCAUGGACAUCAGCCACCGCCUUCAUCUGCUGCUGUCCAAGCGCGGAGUUUCUUUCCACUCGUUUCCACUUCACACGAUCGACGAGAUCAAGGAAUCGACCUGCGCGAUGGGGAACAGCACCAACCAGCAAGGGGGUCUGCAGAACCAACAGGAUGAAACGAGCAAGCCCUUUGAACUGCCCGACGGGACCAUACUGCAAGUAGAUCGCCACACACAGACAAUGUCAGCCGAGGUGCUCUUCAAACCACAGGAACUAGGCGACGAGCACCCGUUGCGGCCAGACAAAGGACUGCACGAGUGUGCGGCGGCCAGCAUUGCCAUGUGCGACAAGGAUCUUCAGACUGAUUUGCUCAACGCUGUCGUGCUCGCAGGAGGCACCACAAUGCUGCCUGGUUUCUCUCGCCGCUUCCAGGACGAACUCCAGUCCGUUCUGCAGAGCUCUGGGGGAGGCAGCAACGUCAACGUCAUCCCGGAUCCAGUCGUUCGGGAGCGAGGCUACAACUCGCAGCGCAAGAUCGCCGCAUGGGUCGGCGGCUCCAUGUUCGCAUCGCUCGACACGUUCCGCGACAUCCACAUCACCAAGCAGGAGUGGGAAGAGUAUCACGAGGCCAUCCUGGACCGGAAAUGCUUCUAA